CCUGUUGUCAGUUUGUUUCUGGACAUUGUUUGCAUAGAACAUUUUAUUGUGAAGCUCGGCGAGAAGAUCAUUCAAAAUAUAUUUGCACGAUUUUUUUAAGUUAAAUUUUCAAACACACAAUUUAGCAAAAUUAUUGAAAUAAAACCGGAAGAAAACCUGUGUAACAAUGGGAGACAAUUAUUCAGUUAAAAGUGAUGGCUGUUGCAAAAUGAGUGGUGGCUGUGUGAAUUUUGCAAGAUGCUAUAUUUUUGCUUUUAAUACUUUUUUUCUGUUGACUUCAAUGGCUGUAUGUGGACUCUUAUUAUAUUUAAUUUAUUAUCAUAAAGAAAUUGCAGGAGGUUUUCUGACGGUGACUGUGAUUCAAACAUUGUAUCAUAAUGCAAUUGUUCCAGUGGUCUUUUGUGGAACACUUUCUAUGUUUGCAUUAUUGACCAUUUUCGUUCUGGCGAAAGAUAAUUUACAGUUAACUCUGUUUUUAUCCAUUUUAAGCACAAUAUUGAUCGUACUAGUGUUUUCAUAUGGAGCAAUAAUUUAUCUAAAUGAUCAAAUAUUUUUCAAACGUCUGGAAGAAACACUCCAGAUGAUUGAAAGUGAAAACGAACAAUUUAAUGAUUUUAUCGAGACAAAGUUUAAUUGCUGCGGAGACUUUGAAAAUAGUUACACCUUUGGCGAAAUGCAUCAAAUUGAGGAAAAGUUGACAGUUAUGCAAAUUGCGUGCAAUUUCAGAAUACUGAAGUGUACAAAUAUCGUUAACGAUUUCUUUAAAUCGCCUGUAUACAUUUUCCUUGUUACGGCUCUCAUCACAGUUAUGGGCAAAUUUGUUGAAUUGGCUUCUUCAUUUUUAUUGAGCUCACAACCGAAGGACUACACGCUAUUCUAAUCACAAAUACUAUGAAUCAUAUAUCAAAAUAACGAUUUAAGAAAAUUUAAGAAAAAAUGAUUUAUUUCAUGGCUGUGCAUUUUUCAAGGCAACUAAAAAUAGUAUAUAUCAAGCAUA